AUGAGGAAUGUGCCGUUGCAGGAAUCCUUGACCUUCAGGGAUGUGUUUGUGGACUUCACCCUGGAGGAGUGGCAGCAACUGGACUCCGCUCAGAAGAACCUCUACAGGGAUGUCACGCUGGAGAACUACAGCCACCUGGUGUCCGUGGGAUACCUCGUUGCCAGACCGGAGGAGGUCUCGAGAUUGGGGCGAGGAGAAGAGGCCAGGAGGGCAGAGGGAGGGCCGUCCGCGCCGAAUUUUCCAGGUGAGCCCGCACGCGAAUUCUGGCAAGUUGAUGACCAGAUAGACAACCACAAGGAAAGCCAAAACCAACUUCUGUGGCAAACUGCAUUAGUAGACAAGGAAACACAGAAGGAUCAAAGUGGCCAAGAAUUCGCAACCUUCAGGAAAAUCGUUUAUCCAAACACAGACUUUGUUUCUAUAAGACAAAGACUCCCUAAAUAUUAUUCCUGGGGAAGGUGUUCAAAACAUAAUUUAAACUUUCUUUGUCAAAAUAGAAGCUAUGUAAGAAAGAAAGAUGAUGAAUGUCAGGCACAUUGGAAAUUAUGCUUCCAUUCUAAUCUCAAUAAUGCUCAACCUGCAGAGAAAUUUUUUGAGCCUAAUCAAUGUGGAAGAGCCCUCCACCAGAAGCAAGCACUUAAUAAAACUCAAAGAAUUCAAACUAGGGAGAAACUCUAUGAGUGUUCUGAAUGUGGGAAAGUGUUUAUCCAGAAAGCAAACCUUGUAGUACAUCAGAGAACUCACACAGGAGAGAAGCCUUAUGAAUGCUUUGAAUGUGCAAAAGCCUUCAGCCAGAAGUCAACCCUCAUUGCUCACCAGAGAACUCACACAGGGGAGAAGCCCUAUGAAUGCAGCGAAUGUGGAAAAACCUUCAUCCAGAAGUCAACUCUGAUUAAACACAAGCGAACUCACACAGCAGAGAAACCAUUUGUAUGUGGUGAAUGUGCAAAAGCCUUUAAGAGUUCAUAUCACCUUAUUAGACAUGAGAAGACACACAUUAGGCAAGCAUUUUAUGAAGGAAUCCACUUUGGUAAGUCCAGCCUUAUGCAUCAAAGGACUCGUAACAGUGAGAAACCUGAGUGUAAUAAACAUGGGAAACCCUUUGAUGAGAAAGCCAACCCCAUUAAACACCAGAGAUCUCACACAAAAGAGAAACUUUAUGAGUGCAGUAAAUGUGGGAAAAGCUUCAGGGGAAAGUCACACCUCUCUGUUCAUCAGAGAAUUCAUACAGGGGAGAAGCCUUAUGAAUGCAGCAUAUGUGGGAAGACUUUCAGUGGGAAAUCACACCUCUCUGUCCAUCAUAGAACUCACACAGGAGAGAAGCCGUAUGAAUGCAGAAGAUGUGGAAAAGCGUUUGGUGAAAAGUCAACCCUUAUUGUACAUCACAGAACUCACACAGGAGAGAAACCCUAUAAAUGCAAUGAGUGUGGGAAAGCCUUCAGCGAGAAGUCACCACUGAUAAAACAUCAGAGAAUUCAUACAGGGGAAAGGCCCUACGAAUGCAGUAACUGUGGAAAAGCAUUCAGGAGGAAGUCAACUCUCAUUAAACAUCAGAGAAUCCACACAGGGGAAAAACCCUACAAAUGCAGUGAAUGUGGGAAAGCCUUUAGUGUGAAAUCCACUCUCAUUGUACAUCACAGAACUCAUACGGGAGAAAAACCCUAUGAAUGCAGGGACUGUGGAAAAGCCUUCAGUGGGAAGUCAACUCUCAUUAAACAUCAGAGAAGUCAUACAGGAGAUAAAACCUAUUAA